GGACUGUAUUCAGGUUCUCACACUCACGUACUACAAAAUCCAAAGCAAAAUAAUAAUCAAACAUUUUCCGCUACAGUGAAGCUCUUCCUUACUUCAACCACCGAUUGCCAUUGUCUCCAGACAAUUGGCCAAUUCGCCUAACGCUGCGCGUCAAUUUUUUUUAUUGACACAACUUACACUGUCAGCCUCGCCAGUGGUUGAACUGAUCGCAUACAGUGCCACACGCGCCACCCUAGUUCUUAAACACCUUCCUCCCAUCCAUCAUCCAACCAUAACCAACCUGGAACCAAAACCCACUCUCUCGUCAUUCAACCUUCAACCUACUAAACUUCCUCAACUUCCUCAACCAUACUCUACAUACUCUUCCUCCGCCGUAUUAAUAGCAACCUGUCAAGUCGACUUUGUCGCUGAUUUGAUUGCUAUUAUUGACAACCCCUUCUAAGAAGGGAAUCAUUUCUCAUUUUCUAUUUCUUUACACAUUCACAGCCUAGCCCAAGACUAAGAAAUGGCAGAGGUUCAGGCUCGAUCCCAGGCACCAUCCUCUCGUGGAAGAGGUGGCGGCCGAGGUGGCAGAGCAGGGUUUGGUAGCCGUGGCCCCGCGAAUAGACGCACGAAUGGCGACAAGUUCAGUACCCUAGACGCGACCAGCUUGGACGAUGAUGGUGAUGUUAGCCAACUGAGAAAGCAAUAUGGCCUAAAGCUGGACACUAUCAAGGAACUUUUCCCGACUUGGUCUGACGCUGAUAUCCUCUACGCCCUCAAGGAGACGGAUGGCGACGUCGAAGUCGCUGCUACACGAAUCGCAGAUGGUACUAUCUCUCAAUGGGGCGAAGUAUCGAAGCCGAAGAAGACUACUACUCGUCCUAAGGCUAAGGAGCCUCUUACCGUCAGCGAUUCCGGCAACAGUAGACCUGUUCGUGGUGGUCGUUCUGAUUUCCGAGGUGGACGUGCACGCGGUACCGAGAGAGGUCGAGGCACUGGUCGAGGCCGAGCCACCGCUCACCCUCCUACGAACGGCCACCAGUCUAAGGAUAACCACCAACUCUCUGUCCCGACCGAAGAAUCUGCCGAUUGGAAGACUGGUGCUGCGAACGAUGAUGCCACUACCUCGGCUUGGGGCACAACUGAAUCAACCACCGAAACCACUGCAACUCCCCCUGCUACUGUCCCUACUACAUCGACUACUGAUUCUGCGCCCGCAAAGCCUACCGUUAUCCCCCAGAACACUCAGAAGACCUGGGCUAGCAUGCUUCGGCAGUCAACUGCGCCAAAGCCUACCCCGAAGCCGAAAGAAGUUCCCACGCCUAAGCCCGCCGAACCUAUUGAACCACUCCCACCGGCCGAGCCUACUGCUCCUGAGCCUGAGCCUCAGCCCGCCCCUGAAGAACCGGUUAAGGAGGUUGUUGAGAACCCCCCUGUCGUGGAGCCGCCUAAGGUGGUUGAACCCGAAGUGGCACUCCCCCCUCCCGAAGACGACCUGACUCGAGUUAAUCUCGAACAACUACCUGACGCAUCGAAUCCGAUCGCGACUAACACAGCUGCAAGUACUACGGCGGAUUCAUGGGAUCCGAGACAGCCUCAGCCGAGUGCAUCGGUUACUCCGCUCUCAGCCUCCCAAGCUCAGCACCAGACUCCACGACCUGCUGCUAGUGGUUACGCAACGACGGCGAUCAAGGCGACCGAACGUCCUGCUCCACGUAUGCCCAGCUACCAGAAGCGCCUUCUGGAGCAAGAAGAGGCAGUUCGCAUGCCAGGAAACCGCGAAGUUGACCGAGCUGCUGUCCAAUUUGGCGCAUUCAGUCUAAACGGUGGAGAGGAGGAUAUUGACGGCGACCGUGAGGAUCCCGAAACUAGGACUCAGCCGCCUCCCGAAUCGCCCGUGGCCGCUCCUCGUGCCUCAUUGCCUCCGGUAUCCCAACCGGCAGCAGUACCUGAGGCCUUCCCACCUGCCCAGAAGCCGGCCGCUUCGCUUCCUCCGGCCCCUGGCACAGCUGCGACACCCGUAGCUCCCCCGACCGGCCCAGCUGCUACAGUGACCCAACCGCCUCAAGCGCCCGCCAAUCAACAAUUCGGUCGUUUCAGUCAGACUAACACACAGGAACCGGCUGGCUUCCCACAGAAACCGUACGACUCAUUCGGUCAACAGACAGCUACCACCUCGGCCGGUCUUGACAGCUUCCCUACGCCUACAACACAAACGGCAGGACCCCCAACCACCGGCGCAUUUAGCUCCGCGCCGAGUGAAUACUCUUCGUAUUAUUCUGCUGACCCACAGGGCCGAAACUCUUACAAUAAUUACUACGCCCAGCAGUAUGGACAACAGCAACAACAGCAGCAGCAACAGCAGCAGCACGGUGGUCAGAAUCACCACGAGACUUCGAACCCUCCGAACCGCGCAUUUGGUGGCUACAACGCUGGCCAGAACGAUAAUCUGAGCCAGUACCCUCAAAGCGGUGCACAGCAGACUAGAUACGGCGCUGCUGCUUCUGCCGAAUCUCAUAACAGUGGCCACAAUACUCCUAAUCCUAUUGGGCAAGGAGGUCAGCAGGCCACUGGCCAGACGAACCAGCCGCAGUCGAAUCUUCAUCAACAGCCACACACUAACCAGUACCCUUAUUCCCAUCCUUACUACUCCAGUCCUUAUUAUGCUCAGUACAUGAGCCAGUACAGCAGUGGUUAUGGACAAAGUGGCUACGGCGGUGGCCCUUACGGUAAGGGUGGGCUCUAUGGACAGCCUCAUCAAUACGGCAUGUCCCCUCAGGGUCCUUACGAUCAUGCCUCGUCGCCUGCGACUAGUGGCUUUGCCCAAUCAACUCUUGGAGCUCGCGAGACUGGUCUAGGUUCUGGCAUUGACAAUUACGGCCGUGCAGGCUCUGCGCAGUCGGGCGCUCCUGGCGGCCUUGGUACCAGUGGCUUUGGUGGAAUGCAUGACACCUUCGGACGUGGUUCGGCCUACCCUUCUCAGGCUGGCCAAUCUUUUAACUCGCCUAAUGCGCCCGCAUCGAGUACCGCAGCUGGUAACGAUGACCUCAAGCCAUACGGUGAUACGAAAGCUGCCGGCGGUCCAAGCCCUUCCCUCGCAGCUGCGGCGCGACCCGGAUCAGCUACGAACACCACGCCGGCGGGAACUGGUCUUCCACCACCCCAAUCCGCUCAGCAGGGCAUGGGCGGCUACGGUGGAUAUCCUAGUCACAUGAGCCAUAGUCUUCAUGGCAAUCAAUCUGCGGGCAGUUAUGGAAUCGGUGGUGCGGCUGGACAAGGUCACGGCAAUGGACCAUAUGGAAGCUAUGGAGGCAAUCAAGCCUUCGGAGCUUAUUACGGUCGCCAGCAGCAACAACAACAAGGUUGGGGCGGCAACUACCAUUAGGCAUCGCGUAGUCCGCAGAAUCGCAGACAAAACCGGCCUGGAUGCAGAAUGCGGGUUAGGCUUAACGGUGGCGGUGGCCAUGCCACACGCCUUCUAUUAGGCUGAUACUUUCUCUACUCUAAUGAAUGAUUGAGGGUACCGUCUACUCUCGUUUUGACUGGCGGGGGCAUGGCACGGAAAGGGCCAGAAAAGUUCUUGCUAAUAGGUACGGGGGGGACGCGACUUUGCAUGUACGAUUGUUUUUCCUUACCAGGGUUCCAUCUUCGGCAUCGAGGCUUCGAUGCCUGUACUAGGAUUAGGUUGAUACCGAGGACACAAGCUUUUGAUACUCGGUUGAGAAAUGCAGAAGCUUUCCUAUCAUAUUCGUUCUAGUGACGAUACAACGAUUUCAAUUUCAGGUGUGAUACGGUGAUUGGCGGUUGCAAGAACCACACAAAUAAGAAAAUCGAUCUCGUAAAUAUCUAAGUAUCUUAAGGAUGAUAUUUCCCUGGCUUCUCUGCCUCGGGUAAUGAUUUCUAUUUCUGUCAAUGCACUUUAGAGAUUAAGGUAACAAAAGAACAGGACCAGUGAGACAGUUGCUACGAGAAUGAAUACAUUCGAUACCCA